AUGGCGAAUGCAAAUGAAUCCGGCCCCGGGCUCGAGGCCAGGGGAGCCUCCCGGCCCCCGGCGCCGCUCGGCGCCUUCGUGUCGCGCAGGAGCCCCCAGCUCCUCCUCACCCAGCGGGUGCAGGUGACACGGCACCAGCGCACGCAGCACCGCCACCUCCUGCUCUUCCCGCACGCCGUCGCCAUCGCCAGCUUCAAAUGCGGCUCCACCUUCCGGCUGAAGCACCGGGUGCGCCUCAGCGAGCUGUGGGUGCUGUGCCGCCAGGAGGCGGCGGUGGCGGCCGGGCCUGAGGACGACGAGGAGGUCUUUGGCCUCAAGUGCAGCCAGACCCUCAUCCUCGUCUGGCCCUCCAGCCUCUGCGUGGUCGCCGGAGGUGAAGCAGCUCUGGCUGGACGCCAUCCUCAGGUGAGCCCUGCCGCCCGAUCCCCGCGGGUGGCGCCCAGCGGGAGGGCGGGGAGUGCUCCCGGUGGAGCUGCCGGCACCAAGAGCCCCCGCUCGGUGGGGGAAAGGUGCAGCCACUGCCGCCUGCAGCUCCUGGCACAGCAGCGGGAGCCGCUUCGCCUCGGGCUUGCAAAGGGGCAGCAAGCGGCGGGAGGUGUCAGGCCAGCUGCUGGCUGGCAGGCCUGGGGCGCCCGAGGCGCUGCUGUGCGCCUGCCUGAGCAGGAGGCCCGUGGAGAGCAGGCGCGCGGGCGGGAGAGAGCGGAGGUGUCGCUGACCGCCAAGACCGUGGAGGCGCUGGUUUUGGCAGAGGCUGACGCCAAGAGAGGCCCCCCGCGGGCGGAGCCUUCGGCCAGGGAAGAGGGGCUUUGCCACUCGGCCGAUGGAGCGAAGGAAGGGAAGAAGGUGGUGAUCUCAUGGCCGCUGGCUUGGAGAGGAACGGCUGUCCCCGGGGACUGCCCAGGGCAGCUGGGCUCUGGCCCCCAGGUGGCUCUCUUUGGGCAGCCGCUGGCACUGCUCUGUGGUGAAGGUGGCGCCCUGCCCCAACCACUCCAGGAGCUCCUGGCUCUUCUCUAUGAGAAAGGGCCGGCCACUGAGGGGAUUUUCCGGAAAGCUGCCACCGAGAAGGCCCGCCGAGAGCUGAAAGAAGACCUUGACAGAGGCAGGAGCGUGGAUCUGGCAAGCCAGCCCGCGCACCUGUUGGCAGCGGUGCUGAAGGACUUCCUGAGAAACAUCCCCUCCAAACUGCUCGUGGCCGAGCUCUAUGACAAGUGGCUGCUAGCGCUGGAGAAGCCCGGGCAGCAGGAGAAAAUUGAGGCCCUGCGAGAGGUGGCUGGCAAACUGCCUCGAGCAAACCUCCUCUUGCUCCAGCGCUUGCUCUCUGUGCUCCACCAUAUCAGCGACAAUGCAGAGAGCAACCGGAUGGAUGCCAGCAACCUGGCAAUCUGCGUGGGGCCAAACAUGCUCAGCCCCGACACGGACAACUUGCUCCCGCUGGCCGUGCACAAAGAGAGCAUUGACAAGGUGACACUGCUGGUGGCGUUCCUCAUCGACAACUGCGCAGCAGUGUUUGGGGAGGACGUUGCCUUGCCGCUCAGGCCCUCGGCCGACGAGUCACCAGAGCACACAGACAGCUCCACAGAACGCCCCUGUGCUGCUCCGCAGAACACUUGUGCCUGCGACAGCCCUGAGGCUGGAGCUGCUGGCAGCCCCCCGCCCUCGGACAUGGAGCAGCCCAAAGGGGGAAGCGCUUCUGUGAGCAGCAGCUAUCCAACCUGCGCCUCUGUCCCUUUGCUGGCUAUUGGGAAGAAGGAUAUCAGCAGGAUGGAGAGGAGCUUCUCCGAGCCGAACCUGUCCUUCUAGGCCAACAACUUGGCAGGCAGCCGAAGGGACCCGGAGGCAGCCAAAGGGGAGGAGCUUUUUCCCAGGCAGCAGGAAAAGCUAAGGCUGGAGAAGAGGGUGCUGGAAAAAAGGCCUUGCCAGCUUGCCUCCACGCUUAGCAAAUCGCCCUCUCUCCCCAAAAUAUCCUCCAGCUGCUCCCUGGAGCCCCUUCUCUCCUCGGAUGGCUCGCUCUUCCCCAGCUCUAGCCUAGUUUCACUCCUUCGGCCCCAGAAAAGCUACUCAAAGAAGACCCAGGCUUUUCCCAUCAAGCCCGCUGAGAGCACAGCAACACCUAGCCGAGAGAUCAGAUAGUGCUCCAGGGCAUUGUCUUUUGCCAGCCGCAGCAAAGCGCUCCAAAAACAUCCCACAUUUUGGAGACCUGGAAGACGUGAGGUUUCCGAGAGCCAGCUCCUCAAGGAAAGACAAUCUGUUCUGCUGCACACCUGUCCAGGCAAGGAGGCCCAACAAGAACAAUCCUGUCAAGAGGUUACAAGGCUCAGCACCUGCUGGAAAGGAGGACGGAAAAACCUGUGCCAGAAUCUAGAUGCGUGGAGGUCCCAGAUAUUCCGGCACCUUUGGAUGCCGAAAACUUGCAAGGCUGAGAAGGAAUGUUGGUGUUUUGAGGGCCUAGAAGACGUGAGGUUUCCAAGAGCCAGCUCCUCAAGGAAAGACAAUCCGUUCUGCUGCACCACUGUCCAGGCAAGGAGGCCCGACAAGAACAAGCCAUUGCCUGUGGGGUAUCGGCAAAGGCCCCAUUUCAGGGCAGCGGAAGAAGUGUUUAG